GAUUUCGGAAGUGGCUGCUGGUUUCAUCGAAGCUUUUCGUAAAUUUAUAAAUACCAUAAUGGAAGAAAUUGAGAAAGAGAAGAAAGCAGCAUUACCAUCUCAGCUAUUAAUAACAACGAUAUGUCAUCCCAUGGAAUACGCAAAGGUACUGAUACAAUUAGGGUAUGAACCCUUGCCACCGCGCCGAUCCACAACUCUUUUCGGCCGGCCUGCCAUGAUAUUACCUAACGUUUUCCAAUACAUUAAGUAUAUCAAAGCUCAAGAUGGGUUCUUUGGGUGCUAUCGUGGCUUAUCAGCGAGAUUACUCGGUUUAAUAGCCUCUAGUCAACUUACUUCAAAGGUGAUCUACGCGUGCGGUAUUGACCUGCCAGAAAUCAAUGACCCUCCCAAUAUUAUUACUGACGAAGAGCCCGUUGCGGAGGACUACAUCAAGCUCGGCCGGCGUGAUAUGAUCAUGCACACUGCCGCUGUUAUCGUGUCGUAUCCUUUCCACGUUGUCUCUGUGAGAAUGAUGGCCUCGUUUAUCGGCAAGGAAGAAGAGUACAGUUCCUUGAUCAGCGCAAUCAUUUCAGUGUACAGAGAUGACGGCAUUCGUGGGUUCUUCCACGGCAUUGUUCCUAAACUACUAGGAGACUUGACUUGUGCAGCCGUCACAGGUGUAUUAGCGUACUAUGUAAACAAGCAUUUGGUGAAGACCAAAGAUUUGAGGUACUACACUGUUCCAUUCCUCACUUUCAUCACAAGUACAGUGACCUACCCGCUGGUAGUUGUUUCUACAUGCAUGGCUGUGACAGGAUGCAGCCUUAGAGCAGGUUGCCCUCCCAAUAUGCCUAAGUAUCCUCACUGGCAAAAAUGCUGGCAAGACUUGGUCAGAAAUAAGCAACACAAACGUGGCUCAUCCUUAAUCUUUAGGUACUAUAUAGCUCCAAUUGCAGCACUGCAAUAAGGGCACUAAUUUUCAAUAUGAUUGCAUUUAUCUAUUGUUUAUUUGCUAAGUGUUUUUCCACUAUCACCAAAGUAGUAAUUUCAACCUCUAGAGAAAUUAAGGUACAAUGGAAUGUGUAAAUAAUGUUAAUAAAUGG